AUGUCGAAGGGAACUGGACGGUGGAGGAGGCUGCUACCAACGAGAGCAGACCGGAGCCUCACACUCCAGCACACCCUCGAACCGAUUAACGCAGACCUCGAGCUCGAAGCUGCAAAUACGAACGCAGACUGGAGCCUCACACCGCCUGGUGAAGAAGGCUACUACAACCGACGAGAGCAGACCGGAGCCUCACACUCCAGCACACCCUCAAACCGAUUAAAGCAGACCCCGAGCUCGUCGAGCCAUCAUAGGCCAGGGACCGACCAUCUUCAGUGUCAAGGGGCGACGAAUGUUGUAGACGGCUGCGAAUACGGACGCGGACCGGAGCCUCACACCUCCUUUACUCUCCCCGGUGGCAUUGGGAACGACCCUGGUGGCUUCGCAGACACAACUCGCCCCUCCAAGGAUCAGAGCCUCAACCCCUUGAAUGCUCUGCCUCGCCAGCCUUCUGGGUAUUUUUUCGAAUUGAGCUUGGAUGCGAGUGAUGGGAACUGGGUGUCAAAGGAAGCUGUUGCUCAUGAAAGCAGACCGAAGCCUCACACCCCAGAACGCGAGCGGCUCAGACUGCAAGCUUCGAGCUUUAAGGCUACUAGCACUUGCUGGCUUUGA